AUGCCUGAUUUUACAGAUGAUAAACAGAUUGAGAAUGGCGAUACUACAGCAAUUAAUCCUAUCGAUGAACGGAAGCUAUUGACCAAGAUUGAUCUUCACCUUCUACCGUGUCUCUGUGUGAUGUACAUGCUUACAUAUCUUGAUAGGGUCAAUAUCGGAAAUGCAGCCGUUCUGGGUAUGAAAAAAGACUUGGAUAUUACAACAGGGACCAAAUAUAACGCUGCAUUAAUGAUAUUCUUUAUUCCUUAUAUUAUAUUUGAGAUCCCAUCAAACAUCCUCUUGAAGAAACUCAAGCCACAUCUAUGGUUAUCAUUAUGCAUGUUUGGGUUCGGGUUUGUGCUGAUAUGUCAGGGUAUUGUCCGAAGCUGGACUGCCCUAAUGAUUACCCGUUUCUUUUUGGGAACGUUUGAAACAGCUUUACUCCCGGGGUGCAUCUAUCUAUUGGGAAUGUGGUAUAAACGUUGCGAGGCACAGAAACGAUAUACAUUCUUCUGCAACUCUACAAUCCUCGCUGGUGCAUUCGGCGGGCUACUUGCCAGUGCUAUCGGAAAAAUGGAUGGCAUACGUGGUUACGGUGGCUGGCGAUGGGUAUUUAUCCUGGAGGGUGUGUUGACUUGCGUCAUGGCAUUCGUCAAUUUCUUCCUAAUUCCUGACUUCCCCGAGGACUGCAAAUGGUUAACUGAAGCGGAGCGGGAGUUUCAUCGUGAUCGACUGGCAGACGAAACAGGAAGGCUCACCCAUAACGUAAAGCUGGGUUGGCGGGAGGUACUUGAUGUCUUUAAGGACUAUAAGAUUUUCAUCGGUGGGCUCAUGCUUUUUGGUCAGGUAGUCACAGGUUAUUCAUAUGCUUAUUUCGCUCCAACUAUAAUUGAAACAUACGGCUAUGGACCCAUAAAAACGCAAUUUUAUUCAAUUCCCCCAUGGGCCGCAGCUUAUGUAGCAUCUUUGGUGAUUGCAUGUCUCUCUGAUUUCUUCCGGAACAGGUACAUCUUCGCUAUCCUGCCAAUGUGCAUAUGUAUGAUUGGAUACGGAAUUCUGCUUAAUGUCCAUGAUCCUGCGCAACACCAUCUUCAAUACGGGGCCUUAUUUCUGCUCACAAGUGGCUGUUUCAGUGCGGGGCCAAUAAUGCUGUGCUGGUAUGGGAUGAACCUUGGUGGGCAUCGUCGGAGAAGUGUGGGUACAGCCUGGCAGAUUGGAUUUGGGAACAUUGGGGGUAUACUUGCUACAUACUCCUUCUUGGAGAAGGAUGCCCCGCUCUACCGCAAUGGCUACACUAUCGGCUUGUCAUUUGCGUGCUUUGCAGUAGCAAUGGCUACGCUCUACCUGGCGGCUCUCUGGUUUGAGAAUCGAAGCCGUGAUCGACUGAUGGAACAAGGUCCCAUUCAAAUGACGGAGGAGGAUGAGGAGUUGUUGGGUGACUUGGCGUGUACAUAUCGUUAUGCCUAUUGA